AAAGUUUGCAUAGCCGAAAAGGCCAUCCCAUUUCCUAUUAACUCUAUUUAAAGUUGAUAAAAAGAAUAACAGUCGAUUGGUUCUUGUUUACACGUGUCUUGCAAAUGAUUGGUCUAAAUCCACACUAGUUGUUUUCUUUUUCAAUUUUACAACACAAUUUGAAAGCUGACAACACUAAGAGCACCUUUACAUGAAGAUCAGUAAUCGACUAAGCUAUUAUUACCAAGGAGUAGUAGCUUUUUCAACUGUUGAUGUCUCCUCAGACUCCUCUGUUUCUUAUACUAUAAAAUUUAUUUACACUAUUCUCUUUUUUCAGUGUUUUCCCACAUUGCAUCUCUCCUUUUCUCCGAUUCUUGAUCUUCCUAAGUUUGAGGCUAAAAUGGAUCCAAGGUUCAAUAGAUUUCCAUCUUCUGUGAAUGGAUUCAAUCUGGAGAACCAAUCCUUACUCGAUUUUUCGGGUAACUGGAAGAAUAAGGAACCUAUAAUUGGGGCUAUUUAUCCAGAUCAGAUACUAGCCAAUGGUCCAAGAUUUGAAAACAGCUUUGUCCAACAUAAUGUUGGUGGGGUUCAAUCUUUUUCAAAUGCCCCUUCACCAACAAGCAAUAUAGCAUUGACUUCUAAGAUUGGCAUUGAGGAUGAUUACAAUGAAGACUUUGAUUUCUCGGAUACGGUUUUGAGCUAUAUAAAUCAGAUGCUUAUGGAAGAAGAUAUGGAGGACAAGACACAUAUGCUUCAGGAGUCGUUGGAACUUCAAGCGAAAGAGAGGUCAUUCUAUGAGGCCCUCGGCAAGAAGUAUCCACCUUCACCUCAGCAGAACCUUUCUAUUACUGACCAGAACGGUGAGAUACUGGAUGACUACUGCUCAGGAAGUCUGUAUAGCUGUACAAGUAAUGUCGGCAGUAGUGGUGGUUACCUAAUUGAUCCAAGGGUGGAUAGCAUUCCCAAUGAUCAUAAUUCCUCUUAUGAACAGGGGAUUUCCAUUUGUAAUGGUACUUACUCUUCGAUUAGCUCAUCGAAUAGCAUAAAUAAUCUUGUAGAUGGGUUCUUAGACUCUCCUGUAGGCCCUCUUCAUAUCCCUGAUAUAUAUAAUGAUAGCCACCCAAUUUGGAACUUUAGGAAAGGAGUAGAAGAAGCAACCAAAUUCCUCCCUACUAAUAAUAAGUUGUUGGACAAUGUGAUUAUUAAUGACUUGCUGCCUCAGGAGAAAAGAGGAGAAAGUGGUUGUGCGGCAACUCAGGUGGAGAAAAGGGACGGGGGAGGGACUUCACUUACAGGGUCGAGAGGGAGGAAAAAUGCUCAUAGAGAUGAUAAGGAUUUAGAAGAAGAAAGAAGUAGCAAACAAGCUGCGGUUUAUACAGAAUCAACAGUUCGUUCAGAGGAGUUUGAUGUAGUUUUGCUGCAUAGCAUGGGCGAUGGACGGCAAGCAUUGACAGCUUAUCGUGAGAGCUUGAAGAAUGCUAGAACGAAAACCACAGCCCAGAAUGGGCAAUCAAAAGGAUUUACUGUGGGGAAGGGUGGCCGCGGCAAGAAACAAAGUGCUAAAAAGGAAGUCAUAGAUUUAAGGACUCUUUUGAUAAAUUGUGCACAGGCUGUUGCCGCUGAUGAUUGCAGGAGUGCAGCUGAACUGCUGAAACAGAUCAGACGCCAUUCAUCUCCUUUUGGAGAUGGCAACCAGAGAUUGGCUCACUGCUUUGCAGAUGGUCUGGAAGCACGUUUGGCAGGCACCGGUAGCCAGAUUUAUAAGGCUCUCAUCAAUAAAAAAACAUCAGCAGCUGAUUUUUUAAAGGCCUUUCAUUUGUAUCUUGCAUCAUGCCCAUUCAGGAAGAUUUCAGGUUUUACCUCAAACAAGACAAUCAUUACAAAAGCAAGGAAUGCUUCAAGGGUCCAUAUCAUUGACUUCGGUAUCCUCUAUGGCUUUCAGUGGCCUACGCUUAUUCAACGUAUUGCAGCAAGAGAAGGUGGGCCACCAAGGCUUCGUAUUACUGGUAUAGAAUUUCCUCAACCUGGUUUCAGACCAGCAGAAAGGAUUGAAGAGACAGGACGCCGUUUGAGCGAUUAUGCCAAGUCCUUUAAUGUUCCAUUUGAGUACCAAGCAAUUGCAAAGAAAUGGGAAACCAUCAGACUUGAGGAUCUAAAGCUUGAAAAGGAUGAAUUUCUUGUUGUCAAUUGUUUGUAUAGAUUUAAGAACUUGCACGAUGAGACAGUGUUAGCUGAAAGUUCGAGAACUCUCGUUCUCAAUCUAAUAAGGGAGAUCAAUCCAGACAUUUUCAUCCAUGGUAUUGUCAAUGGAGCCUACAGUGCCCCAUUCUUUGUAACAAGGUUCCGUGAGGUCCUGUUUCAUUUUUCAGCACUUUUUGAUAUGCUGGAAGCUAAUGUACCCCGUGAGUUUCCAGAAAGAAUGUUAAUUGAGAGAGAGAUCUUUGGGAGGGAAGCCCUGAAUGUCAUAGCUUGUGAGGGAUGGGAAAGAGUUGAAAGGCCAGAGACAUAUAAGCAGUGGCAAGUUCGUCUUCUAAGAGCAAGGUUUACACAAAUACCUUUUGAUCAACAGGGGAUCAUGAAUAUGGCAAUUGAAAAGGUGAGAACAAGCUAUCACAAAGACUUUGUAAUCGAUCAAGAUAACAAGUGGAUGUUGCUGGGGUGGAAAGGGAGAACAAUCUACGCGUUAUCUUGCUGGACACCUAUUUAAGGAACCUGUAAGGCAUUCUUUUAACAUGCUACCUUGUGAAAAUGAGGUUGUCCUUCCACAAAUUUGGAGAAUUCAACAAUACAGAUGUAAGUCUCAACCUAUUUUCCAUCACAAAUGUUUUCUUCUUAUUCCGCUUCAUCUCUUAACAUGUAACAGUGACAAAAAUUUCCACCGGUGCAGAUCUAGAUAUUGCUAACGCAAGUGACACACAGGGCAUAUUCUUGUUCUCACCUUGAUCGAUUACAAAGUCUGAACAAAAAGUCUUCGUUGUGAUAGCUUCAGAAAUGGGGAGGCUUCAGAACAGGUUCUUUUUUGUCUUUUUGACACACAGUCUUCGUUGUCAAAAAGACAAAAAGUCUUCGUUGACUAGAUAAAUGAUCAGAAAUGGGGAGGCUUCAGAACAUAUUCUUGCGAAUGAUGAUGAAGUUGUAGUCAUUGCCGUUGAGUGUGCAGCAUGUUUGUUUUUUUAUAUCUGUAUACAAGCUAGCUUGCACACACUUUAACCUAUCCCUUGAAUAUCUGCUACAAUCCAUCACGGAUAACCAAAUAACUCUAGUCAUCAACACCUAGACAAAUGUGAAGAAAUCGCUUAGUUAUCAAGGCCUAGGCAAAUGUGAAGAAAUCACCUUGAGUUUUUUAUCCUUUCGUUGGUCUCUAGUGAGAUUUUAUUCCUUGUCUCGAGGCUUUUUCUCACUCGAGGGGCCACUUGGUCACACCCUUGGUUGCUUUAUGUGCAACACAUUUGUUAUUAAACAUUGCUUUCUUGUUUGUUUGA